UAAAAUACUCCCCUACUGUAGUUUCAGGCAACCUUUGUUUACCUGCCGCCUGAUACUGUUCUAGCUUUACCUUGUUGAAUUCAAGUUGCAAUAAAUCAAUUUUGUUCGUCCCAGGGUUGAUAUUUCGAGAUGGCUUCAGGCUACAGAAAACCCAACACCACUUCCAACCAGAGGAAAAAGGCAGGUCCUAAACCAGACUUGACAGAGGAACAAAAGCAGGAGAUCAGAGAGGCCUUUGACUUGUUUGAUACAGAUGGGUCGGGCACAAUUGACGUGAAGGAACUCAAGGUUGCCAUGCGUGCCCUUGGCUUUGAACCAAAGAAAGAAGAGAUCAAGAAGAUGAUUGCAGACAUUGACAAAGAGGGCUCUGGGACCAUUGAUUUUAAUGACUUUCUCUGUAUGAUGACACAGAAAAUGAGUGAAAAAGACUCAAAAGAAGAAAUUCUGAAGGCUUUCCGCUUAUUUGAUGAUGACGGCACGGGCAAAAUCUCCUUCAAAAAUCUCAAGAGAGUUGCCAAGGAGCUAGGCGAAAGCCUGACAGAUGAGGAAUUGCAGGAAAUGAUUGACGAAGCAGACCGAGAUGGAGAUGGAGAGAUCAACGAGCAGGAGUUUCUAAGGAUAAUGAAAAAGACAAGUCUAUAUUGAAUGUCUUGUGUUUCCCAACGUUUAUUUUUUCCACUGCUGGAACUUAUGUCUUUGAUUAUUUUAAGGGUACUUUAUGAUAUAGUGAUAUAGUGGCUUUUUUCAUAUGCGUUGUAAAUUAUUAUAACAGCUUUAUACACCGAUUGUAUGAUAUUUGAGAAAAAAAUAAAACAUAUUUAAUCAUU